AAUUUGGCCAACUCUAGUGCAGUUUAAGAUUAUAUCCCACCAUGGAACGUUGGCAAAACAGAGUGGCUGUAGUGACGGGAGCCAGUUCUGGCAUAGGAGCAGCCAUUGCCAAGGAUUUGGUAAUGGCAGGCCUCAAAGUUGUAGCCUUGGCUAGACGGGUGCCUCGAAUGCAGCUACUAAGAGACUCUUUGCCAAUUGAAAAACGCUCUCAACUUAUUAUUAUGCAAUGUGAUGUUACCGACUUGAAUAAUGUGGAUAGAGUCUUCGACGAAAUUAUCUCAAAACUAGGAGGCAUCGAUAUAUUGGUCAACAAUGCUGCAAGUCUGAAAAAUGGUCUAUUGUCCACCAUGGAUAUUAAGGAGGUUCAGGAAGUACUUAAUACCAAUGUCCUUAGUGUGGUCCAUUGUACGCAGAGGGCAUUCAAAUCGAUGAAAGAUAGAAAUUUCAAUGGUCACAUUAUUAUAGUCAAUAGUAUAGCUGGUCAUAAUGUAUUGGCAGGGUUGCCUCAGAGUGUUCCCAGCAUAAAUAUUUACUCACCCACUAAAUUUGCUAUUACAGCUAUAACAGAAAUGUACCGGCAGGAAUUCCAUGGAUUGGGUACAAAAAUCAAAAUUUCGAGUAUAAGCCCCGGCUUUGUGGACACAGAGCUUUUAUUUGACGAACUACGUCAAGCGGUUUCCCACUGCCUGCUACAGUCAAGCGAUGUUUCAAAUGCCGUUUUGUAUAUGCUGUCUACUCCACCCCAUGUCCAAAUCCAUGAAAUGAUUAUAAAACCCUUAGGAGAAGCUGUUUGAGGAAGUUUUUAGUAUGCGGUUGACAGGCUACAGAUUUUUCUUAAAUAAACGGUUGAAGUUAUAAAUCGGA